CUGUCAUGCUGCUGAUGACAAUUUCUUGUUAGUGCAUCUUAGUUAAAAGAAAAAAUUCCACGACAACUUGUUUAGAUACUUGAUUUAACUUAUUUUUCAUAUAUUUAACGCAAGAAUUUAUCACAAAGUAAAAUAUUCAAAUAAUAUGCAUGACCUUCCUGGGAAAGGAAAACAGCUACAGAUACAUAGGUCUUUAUAAGAUAGUGCACGAGAAUGAAGUGCUUCAUAGAUUAUCAACAAGAUACGCCAUUUCCAAUUCAAAAUAUUCCUUACGGAGUUUUCUCGACAAAAGAGAAUCCUAUUCAUCGUAUUGGAGUCGCAAUUGGAGAAUGGAUUUUAGACUUGAACGAAAUAGCCCAUUUAUUCAGUGGACCAGAGCUGCACAAUAGGCAAUAUAUAUUUAAAGAGACAACCCUUAAUAGUUUUAUGGCACUUGGACCAAAGGCAUGGAAAGAAGCAAGAGAAAGAAUUCAAACUUUACUUUCUGACAAUUGUCCUACAUUAAAAAAUGAUCAAAGUCUACUUGAAAGAGCUUUAGUUCGUCAAGCUAACGCUACUCUACAUUUGCCGGCGCACAUUGGAGAUUAUACUGAUUUUUAUGCAUCGAUUCACCAUGCAACAAACGUAGGAACAAUGUUCAGAGGAAAAGACAACGCUCUUCCACCAAACUGGAAACACUUACCGAUUGGCUACCAUGGAAGGGCUAGUUCUGUCGUUAUAACUGGAACGCCUAUAAAAAGACCAUGCGGUCAGAGCAUACCCUCAGAUGGCGCCGAUCCCGUUUUUGGCCCUAGUAAGCUGUUAGAUUUCGAAUUAGAAGUUGCAUUUUUUGUGGGCGGAGCACCUACCAAGUUAGGUGAACCGAUAAAUAUUUCUAAUGCCCACGAACACAUCUUCGGAUUUGUUUUAAUGAACGACUGGAGUGCUAGAGACAUUCAAAAAUGGGAGUAUGUGCCACUGGGUCCCUUUACUGCGAAAAACUUUGGAACAACCAUUUCUCCAUGGAUUGUUACAACCCUUGCUUUACAGCCAUUUUUAACAGACAAUUUUCAACAAAAUCCACAACCCCUACCCUAUCUUCGACACACCGAUAAAUUUAACUAUGACAUUCAAUUAGAAGUGGCAUUAUGUCCAAAAGCAUCAAUACCGACUACUAUUUGUCGAUCAAACUAUAAAUAUUUGUACUGGACAUCGAAACAACAACUCACUCAUCACACAGUUACUGGAUGUAAUGUUAAUCCUGGAGAUUUGAUGGCUAGUGGUACUAUAAGUGGCGAGGUUCCAGAAUCAUAUGGAUCUUUACUAGAAUUAUCAUGGAAAGGUUCUAAGCCAUUAAAAUUAAACGAUGGAACCGAAAGAAAAUUUUUACAGGACGGCGAUACAUUAACUAUAACAGGUUUCUGCCAAGGAAAUGGUUACAGGAUCGGUUUUGGAAUCUGUGAGGGAACAAUUCUGCCCAGCUAUUGAUCUAUAAUGUUGAUGUGUACAAUUAAAAAUAAAUAUGUAAUUGACAACGA